UUGUUUAUAAACUAGGCAAAUUGGAUAGAACAUGAAGCUCGCUUUUAUACAGUAAUUGAAACAAUUCUCAAACUAAACAAUUGAAAGGAUACUGAUAAAUAAAUAACUGUAUAGUCUAGUACUCGGUUUCAUUACAUCAACAUGUAACACAUCUGUUAUUGAUUUCGGCCCUUGAGUUCCACAUUACCAUCCAAUCAGCUGAUGACGCACGCGGAUGGUAAAGAAAUAAACAAAAAUAAAAUAUAAAAAUAACAAUAAUGCCAGAAGAAAUUCUCGAACCGCAAACGAAAAUCCCAAAAAUUGAGGAUGACAAGGUCGUUGAACAGAUAGGAAAGCAAUCAAAAUUACCAGGACCUGGAGAAACACCACCAAAUCCCUUGAGCAAAAACCAAUUAAAGAAACAAAAGAGAUUGGAGAAAUAUGAAGAGCUGAAAAAAGUACGUCGACAGAAGGAGCGUGAAAAACAAAAACAAAAACGUCUUGAGGCGCAGGCACUUGGCUUACCCACACGAAAUGGACCCUCACGCAAAGAAUUAAAGAAAAGACAACUUACAGGCUAUGGACAGCAAUCGGAAAAAUUAAGUGUCGCCAUUGAUCUGGACUAUGAUGAUUUGAUGCAUGAUCGCGACGUGGCCAAAUGUAUAAAACAAUGCUUACGUAUUUAUACAAUAAAUCGACGUUCCAAAUGCCCCGGGCAACUGGACAUAACAGGUAUUAAAACCGAUGGACGCAUACAUACAAGUCUUAAGCGAAAUGAUGGAUGGGAGAAUUGGCAUUUAAAUUAUCAUUUUGACAAAACGCAUUUGGAUAUAUUUCCAAAGCAAAAUUUAGUCUACCUUACCUGUGAAUCGAACAAUGUUUUGGAUCGCCUUGAAAAUGGCAUAACCUACGUGAUUGGUGGUUUAGUGGAUCAUAACCAUCAUAAAGGAUUGUGUCAUCAACGUGCAACGGAAAAUGGUUUACGUACUGCGCGAUUACCAUUAAGUGAGCAUGUUAAUAUGAAAACACGUGCAGUGCUGAGCACUUUCCACGUUUUUGAAAUCCUCAUGCGUGUGGCUGAAGGACAGCCGUGGACCGAUGCAAUAAUGGAAACAUUACCUGAAAGAAAAGGUGCUAAACCGAAACUCAAUUUAGAUGAAACAACUGAAAAACAUUUAGAAGAGAAUGAUGAAGUUAAGAAGUUAGAAAACGGCAUGAUUUUUAGUGCUGAUAAAACGUCCCCUAGUGAAAUGAUGACAAAUUCCUCGGCAUGUGGGGAAAAAUAAUUUCUAGGCGGCUUAACUGUUAAACAAUAAUUUUUGAAUUAUGGAACUGUUCAA